AAUAUAACGCAAUGUUUUACGUCUACUUGUCUUUACUUUUUGGAGUUCUCGGGCAGGAGUCAAUCGUUACAAGUACAUCGGUGUUAAUGGAUGCCCCCAUUAAUAAUAAUGGAAAUUGUUCUUGCGGCGGAUUUGAUACAUCUUCUCCCGACCAGAACAGUGAACCGCUUUUGUCUCAGAUCCCAAUGACUGUAAAGUGCAACGACGAAGGCGCCGCAACUUGCAAAAGUCUUUGCCUUGCUCUGGCUUCAGCUACAAAAGCGAAAGGGCCGGAGAUUUUAUGUGUCAGACUUAAAGAUGUUAAUGAAACAAAGCUUUCUGCAUUUUACAAAAUUUGCGAAAGGCCGUGGGCUUACGCAGAUAUGACAGCAGAGGAACCUCUUUGUUGUGAAAACUCGAAGGUUAAAAUUUGUCCUUCAGUCGAAGACAUCACUGUCGCUGCGAAUACAGAAACGAAAGUAUAGUUCGCUAUUUAUUAUAUAAUAAUUAUACUGAUAUUACAUAAUUAUUAAAUGAGCAUUACUCUUUACAUUUCAGUAUUAUUUUCUCCUAGUUACUAAGCACCUAUAUAAUAUUUUUUUGUUUUACGAAUGUUAGUUGUAUAACAUAGUGACCAGUACGUAUAGAUAUAUAUAGUAUUGGACUCAAAUGUAUACUAAUCAUGAAACACGUUUAAAGCACUAUAUAGUUGAAAUAAAAUUCCAUUUAAAUUUAAAAUAUGGAUUUAUUUACAAGUUAGUACCUACAAUUAUUAUAUAAAAAGUAUAUUGUAAAUUAUUCCGUUUAUUUGUAAACUUUCGCAUUUCUAAUUCAUACCCGACUGCAAAAUACUGUAAAAUUUUGUUUAAUAUAAAAAAUUACAACAG